UUGGUAGGCCUCUCGCACGUGGCUUGCAGACUGCAUCUGCAGGCCAUGCAGUUGAUCAGGCGGUGACCUGAUAAGGCCAACCCCGCAAUGUGCGAUGCUCGUUGGGGCGUUGAGUCUCGGUGUCGGCUGUCAACAAAAUCUGCGACAAAGAGACUGCCGCAGGCCGACCAACCGGAUGAUAAGCUCCGUCCAGAUAGCUAGACUGCGGUUAGCGCACAGUGAAUCUCCUUGUCGUCGUCAAGGGAGGUGUGAAUGAUGCUGUCAUAGUCUCUCUCUAGCGCUUCAUUUAAGCAAUAAAUAGUCUCUCACCAAAAGUUGCCAGAGA